AUGACCUUGGACCGGAGUUUAGACCUCAUUAAACAUCGAAAAAGUAAACGUAUAGAGAUGCUUUCUGUGAAUAAUAAUGUUGGGAGACCUUUCAGUCCAAACUCUGAGCUUCGUUCUCAUCAAAUAAUCCACUCUGGAGAGAAACCUUAUGAAUGUAAACACUGUGGAAAGACUUUUACAAUGAGGGGCAAUCUUAACAGACAUGAGAGAAUCCACACUGGAGAGAAACCUUAUGAAUGUACACACUGUGGACAGGCUUUCACUCGGAAGGGCCAUCUUGCCAGACAUCUAAGAAUCCAUACUGGAGAGAAACCUUAUGAAUGCAAACAGUGUGGAAAGGCUUUUCCACGGAGGAGCCGUCUUGCUGCACAUCACAGAGUCCACACUGGAGAGAAACCUUAUGAAUGUACACAAUGUGGAAAGGCUUUCACAGGGAAGGCCUCUCUUCUAUUACAUUUGAGAAUCCACACUGGAGAGAAACCUUAUGAAUGUACACAGUGUGGAAAGGCUUUCACAGGGAAGGGCUCUCUUCGUUUACAUAUUUUGAGAAUCCAUACUGGAGAGAAACCUUAUGAAUGUACAGAAUGUGGAAAGGCUUUCAUUCAGAGUUCCCAACUUGCUGCACAUCAGGUAAUCCAUACUGGAGAGAAACCUUAUGAAUGUAUACAUUGUGGAAAGUGUUUCACACAGAGGAGUAAUCUUACUGUACAUCAGAGAAUUCACACUGGAGAAAUGCCUUAUGAAUGUAGACAGUGUGGAAAGACUUUUAGAUAUCUGUCUGAUCUUCGUAAACAUCAGAUAAUUCACACUGGAGAGAAACUU